UGAAUGAUUUCAUAACCCUUUAGGAGAUAAACACAGAAACCGUUACAUAAAGUGAUGUUAUGUUUGGUUACUAUUAGUGUGUAAAGUGUGGACCAAUUGAUUGACACAUUGAUUGACUAUUUAGUUGUUAAUUAUAGUGACCACUGAUUAUGAUAUUAUCAUAUGUUUGUCCAGUGAUUGAUGUCUUGCGAUGUCGUUAUUGAAAUCCGCGCCAAAUGAAGCCAUCGAAGGGACGGUUAGUCCGAAUGCCAGUACCGCCGGUGCGACCAUUGCUUCGGCGAACAAUCAAACGCUUUCUUCGUCUGUUGCCUUCAAUACUAUUACUUCUGUUUGUGGUUUCACUGAUUUUUGUGACACUAAUGCAAAUCGCAGUCAUUCAUACACAUCGACGCCUUCAACGAAACCAAAACACCGUCGGCAACACUGUUGGAGGCCAACAGUCGACAGUUGCGGCCAAAGCUAUGUUAUUAGCGGCCGUUAUGGCCAACAAUCAGUCGGUGCCACAACACUUGGCAGGAGUCAUUCAGAGACAAUCGACACCGACUGCGGUCACCCCUUCCAUUGUGGCCACUAGUGGUCACCAAACGACACUCAACGGUGUGUUGAGUGUUAAGAAGACAGAGGUGUUGCGCAUUGAGGCACUGCUGGACAAGAACUUACCGUCCAUUGAGACCAACUCUCAAGUGCUCCAGAACUUUGUCAACUUAGGAAGGAUCAGACAAAUCAUUCACCACUUUAGUGAUGACCACAACUACAAUACACCACUUGUGGUCAAACAGACUAACAACCAAUCAAUCAGUAAUGUGUUAGAUAUGAACCAAUUGCUCACAAAUCAACUCUUAUUUAGUGUUAACCACAACAACGGUGUCCACACCAUCACUACUGGCGAUGAGAGACAACAUAACCAACGAUUGGCUAAUGAGUCUCAUAUUGUCGUCAAUAGCUUUGGCGGCCAAUUAGUUAUUGAUGGCAAACAUAGCAAUGAAAAUGUAUUGAUUUCUUCACCAUUAGUGACGACAACACAUCCGUUUCAAUCAAAAUCCUUGUGCUCUGCAGUGCCUCCAAACUUAGUAGGAAGAGUUCGUAUUGAAUCUAAUGUCAAAAUCGAUGAAAAUAUGUCACAAGUGAUUGUUCAUAACCCGGAUGUAGUCAUCGGUGGCUUCUGGGAACCUACCAAUUGUUACGCCAGACAUCGCGUCGCUAUAAUUAUACCAUUUCGUGAUCGCAAACAUCAUCUCUCGAUUUUAUUAUACCAUUUGCAUCCAAUACUUAAGAGACAACUUUUAUCCUAUAAGAUUUAUGUGAUAGAACAGUUCGGUAACGACACGUUCAACAAAGGAGUUCUCAUGAAUGCCGGCGUUAGAGAAGCGCUCAAAGAAAACGACUUUCACUGCUUUGUCUUCCAUGACGUCGACCUCAUUCCUGAAGAUGAUCGUAAUCUGUAUUCGUGUCCAUUUUAUCCGCGACACAUGUCUGUAGCCGUCGAUAAGUUUAAUUACUCGCUUCCAUAUCCAGACCUGGUUGGAGGUGUACUCAGUAUAUCCAAAAGGAAUUUCAUUUUAGUUAACGGAUACUCCAAUCUCUAUUGGGGGUGGGGAGGAGAAGACGACGAUAUGGCUCACAGACUAAAGUACCACAAUCUUCACAUUAUAAGACCGCCCGAAUCGAUAGGAAGGUAUACAAUGAUUAAACAUAAUCACAGACCGGAGUCACCCAACAAUGUUAGAUCUGCAUUACUACGAAUGGCUAAGAGACGGGCAUUUCGUGAUGGACUCGGAUCUGUCAGAUAUCGAGUGAUAUUCAAGCGCUACGAAAGAUGUUAUACACAUAUAAUGGUAGAGAUCGGAUACAUUCAUAAAUGGCAUUUCCCAUCGCCUAACAAAUUGGUCCUUCAUUUUAAAUGAUACCACUUUUUACUACAUAAUUGUCUAAUUAUAACAUAUUUUUUAAACUUAUAAACAUUAUAAUUAUAUGAACAACUAAUUCAAACAUCUCAGU